UCCUCGCUCAUGAAAAACUGGACUGUCAGUGUCAAGACAAGCAGGUUUACGCCGGCAGCCGAUGUGACAUCUUUGUGACUCCUCUUGGGGGAUUGAAAAGAUGCACGUUUUUCCUACAUUGUUGUGGUUCCUGUGUGCCACACCAGUAUGCGGCAUUUUCCUGGGGACUUGUCUGAGAAAAGGCUCCCCCGGGGUGUUGGUACUGUCCCCAGGGAGCAGUUUAGUUAUGUCCUGCGAAGGCGAUGUGAUGGUGGAUGGAGCAAAAGUCACAGUGGCCAAGCAGCCUUCCAAUGACAAAGACUCUUCCAGUGAGACCCAGACCAGCAAUGGGGCUUUCAUAAAAACUGAUAGGAACACUUUGACGGACAAGAGUCAGGAGGAAGGAGUCCAAAGUGCUGUAUCAUUAUCAUCAUCAACAUCGUCAUCGUUUCCUACUCAUCAAGAGCUUUGGGCAACCAGUACACAUUUGAAGGGGGAAGACAUGGACGGCAGCAAGUGGAGGAGGGGCACAAAAGGGAAGCCCAAGUGGAAGUGGAAGGGGAGGACAGUGGGGCGAGGACGUUGGGACUGGGACGGCUUCGUGCUAGGGGAGAGCGGGACGCAGCUCUCUGUCACCUCGGCGCGGCUGAAGGAUUCCGGGAAUUACACGUGUCAGCACAGAGGCCGAGAGAUGUUCUCUUUGAAGGUCGUUGUGGCCGAUCCUCCAGAAGUUCCCCACCUCUCCUGCUCCAAAAAGUCCCCCAGCAGUAAGAUCCGGUGUGAUUGGACGCCUCAAAAGCCGUUAACAUUACGCCCAAGCUGUUACCUCUUAGUCAAUAAAAGGCCCAGUGACAGAUUCCAUCGUGUGGAGUGCUCCUUCUCCUCCCAGUGGUCCCGCUGCUGGUGCGUUCUGGAGCACAACGAGGACGAGCGGAGGAUCCGCCACAUGGCUUACUUGUGCGUCACAAACAUGGCGGGCAACGCCACAAGCACUAUCUUGACCUUUUCACCUCUCGGCAUUUUGAAGCCGGACCCUCCGUCAGCGGUGUCGGUUCAACAGAAAGUGGGAGAAGAGACCAGGAUGGUUGUGAACUGGACUUUCCCCACUUCCUGGAAGUCCCAAGACAGUUAUUAUGAGCUUAAAUAUGAACUCAAAUACCAACCCGUUGGCUCGUCGCCUUCAAGUACGCAGCUGAUGUCUAUCAGCGGCCGCCGCUCGUUCACCAUCACCGACGCGAUGCCGGGUGUCAUGUACGUGAUCCAGCUCAGAACUCAAGAUGAAUAUGAUGGUCUCUGGAGCAGCUGGAGCGCGCCGGUAUACGGCAGCAGCUGGAUUGACACGAGGACACAAGAGCCCACGACUUUGUUGAACGACGACCUCCUGAAUAUAACAUUUCCCGAGUACGAUGGAUCCGGCACGGAUGAUCUAUCAGAUGCACUUCCCGAAUCGACCGUCGGCCCCGGGGCGGUGGUGUCACAUCACAUCCUGUGGAUCUCAUGCUCAUUGGCCAUAGUCGCGGUUAUUUUGGCCGUCUACAUCUUCAGACACAAAGAAAAAUUCAUGACCAAACUGCACAGCCUGAGUUUUCGACGGCAUUACAAAGGACCCGCCAAGUCCAACCCUCCCACACCAACAGCACCAGAAUCUCGAGCCCUGGUGACCUUUAACCCCCCACGUCCCAAGGAAGAACCCCCCGUGGGAGAAGAGGAAGAGGCCGCCGAGGAAAACCACGGCGAGUCGGAGCGAAGAGAAGCCAUUCACUUCAACAAUACAAACUAUUUCUUCAUGCAGAGAGAGUGACAACAUCAAAUGACCUCGCAAUGUUCAUAAAAAUGCCAGGAAAAGCUCGUGUAUGACGUGUGACAAUCAAGAAAUGAGACUGAAGCCCAUCAAGUGCUUCCAGUUGGCCAACUGCUGAUGUCACAACGUGUCCCAACCACUAUUCUGCUGUAAUAUUGUUCGCUUUUCUCACGCUGUGCUUCUUUUGUGUGCGUGUGUGUGUGUGUGUGUGUGUGUGUGUGUGGUGUGUGUGUGUGUGUGUGUGUGUGUGUGUGUGUGUGUGAGAGAGAGAGAGAGAGGUUUUUAUACAGCGUACAUAAAAGAAGCACAAAGUGAGAAAAAUGAACAAUUUGGGCCAAUUGUCGUUUUAGACUUCCUCCCUGUUGAAGUUAUACAGCCUUUAAGCUACUGUGUUUUUAUUACGUGGAUUUACUGCUGCAAUGUACAGUGCACAGAGUUUGUGCUACGUGCUCUAUAUCUCAUGGAGUACCACACAUUUUAAUUUUUGCAAACGUCUGUGAAAUAUGAUUGAUUGUUGGAAUUCAUGCAAGGUGAAAAUGCAAGUAUAAAGUUAUAUUUUUAUUACGGAACUUUGAUCUGGUUGUGAUCCAUCCAUCCAUUUUCUUUUGCCGCUUAUCCUCACAAGGGCCGCGGGGCGUGCUGGAGUCUAUCCCAGCUGUCAACAGGCAGGAGGUGGGGUACACGCUGAACUGGUUGCCAGCCAAUCGCAGGGCACAUGGAGACAAACAACAGUCGCACUCACAAUCAUACUUAGGGGCAAUUUAGAGUGUCCAAUUGAGGAAACCGUAGUGCCCGGAGAAAACGCACGCAAACACGCGGAGAACAUGCAAACUCCACACAGGCGGUGCCAGGAUUGAACCCGGGUCCUCAGAACUGCGAGGCCAACGAUUUACAGCUCCUCCAACGUGCUGCCAUUUGGUUUUGAUCAAUUUAUUUAUUUAUUUUUACAAACACUUAUACAGUGAGUAAUACAGUAGUGUUUGAUAUUGAUUUUUGGAGUUGCUAAAUUGGGUGACCAAAAUACACAUCACAAACCAGAUAUACAAAAUGUUUCUCUGAUUUUGCCAUUUGUAGGUACAGUAUAUUUUUGAGUAAAAUGAACACAUAUAUUGUAAUUUAGGGCAUUUAUUUGCAGAAAAUGAAAAACUAUGUAUAAAUGUUACUCGUAGAGGGGGGGCGUUCUCUUGUUCUUUUUCAGUGCUGUAUUUCAAAUGAAUAAA